GAAAUGCUGAAUCUAGUAGCGUUUGCAGCGGCGCUAAGUUCACGCGCGCCUUGUUUAUAACUGUUUAUACGCUCUCUUUUCGUUAAAUAUGUAGCUAUAAAUAUUAUAUUUACAAAAAGAAAUAUUUUUUUUAUUAUUCUAGCGUGUUGGUUUUAUCUUACAGCUGAAAAAUAAGCAGUAAUCGGCUAGAAACUAAUAAAGCCAGUGUAAACAGCGUCAUGGCGGCUGCUGGAGCAACGAGCGUGGGAGAUAUCGAAGAGGACGCGUCGCAGCUGUCCUUCCCCAAAGAGUUUGAAAACGCGGAGACUCUCCUGAACUCAGAGGUACACAUGCUCCUGGAGCACCGGAAGCAGCAGAACGAGAGCGCUGAAGAUGAGCAGGAGCUCUCCGAGGUCUUCAUGAAGACGCUGAACUACACGGCCCGCUUCAGCCGCUUUAAGAACCGGGAGACCAUCGCCAGCGUGCGCAGUUUACUCCAGCAGAAGAAACUACAUAAAUUCGAGCUAGCGAGUUUGGCCAAUCUGUGUCCUGAAGCUGCAGAAGAAGCGAAAGCACUCAUUCCUAGCUUGGAAGGUCGAUUCGAGGACGAAGAGCUGCAGCAGAUUCUGGAUGAUAUUCAGACCAAAAGAAGUUUUCAGUAUUGAUUUGUUGCUGUGCUGUCACACACGACCCUGUGCCCUGCGUAAAGACUGGUUUUUUGUUUUGUUUCCCGACUUUGUGUUAUUUCGAACAGAUUGAGCCUGCAUUCCAGAUGUUUUAGUACUGACUGUAAAAAUAAAUUUGAUGUCUUUGUAAA